AUGCAAAUUGAGAGCGGUCGCAACAUCAGGCACCUUCCAUGCAUAUCAAGGAGGUCAGGUCAAGAAGGAAUCUGCAUGUUUGCUAUAGAUUGUCUGAAAGCUAAUGGAACGCAUCUUGGGACAUGUAUAGACAGAUUUUAUUUCGGUUCCUGCUGUCAACUCGAGGAUAAGCUUCUAUCCGGUGAAACGGAAAUUCUCGACAACAGUAUAGAUCAUAAUGAUACGCCUACGCAAAAGACAGACGGCGCCACGUUGCCGCCAAGUUUGUCAAAAGUCACGUUUCCUUCGAAAACGAAACCUUCCUCUCCCGAGGUUUACAUGUCACCGAGCGUCAAUCAGUUAUACACGACGUCGACGCUGAGAACGACAUCUAAAAUACCGUUAUCAUCAGUUAAACCCUGGAGUAAGAAACCGAUAGUGAAUAUAUCAACAUCUGCUCACGCUACAAAAAUUCCUGAAGUAACCACUGAAAUAUCUUAUAAGUUGUCGACUUUCCAAACCGUGCAAAGUAGUGAUCACAAUGAUUCUAAUUUGAGUUCGACGGAACAUCCUAGAACAACGACGAGUCCUAUAACUAAAGGUACCGUAGCUGAUGCAGUAGUUACAGAAAAGCCAACCAGAAGGCCCAUCACUCGACCUACGACAACUCAUAGGACGACAGUGACACACGUUCCGCGCCCAACCUCGACAUCUACAUCUCAAACUCAUAGGCCGAGACCGAAACCGAGCAGACCUACCGGCAAACCAACCCCGAGCCGGAGGCCGAUUUCCAAACCUACAAGUAACCCAACACAAACUACUGGAAGGCCCACGACUGUCAAGCGACCAAAUGGCACUCGCAAACCGACGGUUCGUCCCGUACACGAUAGCAAACCUAAUGUAACUAGUACUACACACACGCAAUCUACAAGCAAGCCCGUUGAUACCACGAAACCAUAUUCCACUUCAAGCCAUAGACCUACAUCGGGAAGCACACGACCAUCUCAAAAUCACACUAGACCGACCAGACCUCAUAAACCAAUAACUACAGUGGUAUUAUUAGAUACCGCACCUAAAGAAAAUACCACAAGUGCAAAACCGGCAACGACUGCAGUGCCUACUAAAGGAUCAACUACAACGCCGGAACCAUUUUUAACGACUUCAUAUGUAGAAACAACUACAGUAAAAGAUAUUGAUGCUGCCCCAGUCACAGACGCAAUGUUUCAUCAUCUGGGACAUCUACUUCGUCGUUUUUCACAACGGAAAAGACUGAAAGCGACAAAACAACAAUAA